AUGGACGCCCGCGCCCUCCUCACAUCCCAGGGCUGGCGGGGCUCCGGCCAUUCUCUGCACAAAUCCGACGACUCAAUCGGUCUGUCGAAGCCCAUUCUUGCGUCGCGGAAAGACAACACGCUAGGUAUCGGCCGGAAGAACCAUGUCACAAGCGACCAGUGGUGGUUGAACGCCUUCGACGAGCAAUUGAAGAGUCUCGACACCUCCAACAAGACCAGCAUCGUGCAGACCAAGAAGAACACCAAGCUGGACAGCCUCCUGACGGCCGGCGCGGGAAAAUACAAGGGCGCGAAUGCUCUCUAUGCAUGUUUUGUCAGCGGCGGGAUGCUAGAAGGCUCGUUGACAUGGAAAUCGGAGGGCGAUUCGACGGAUGCGACACCCGAGGCAGAAGCCGUCCCAGUAAGGAAAGAGACCAAGGAGGAGCGCAGAGCCAGGAGGGCAGAAAAGAAGAGAGGGAAGGCCGAGAAGGAAGCCAAGAAGCUGGCCAAGAAGGCGGCAAAGAGCAAGUCCAAAAAAGAGUCGAAGAAGAGUUCGACAAAGCGUGCAGAAUCCGAAACGAAAGAAGAGCGCCGAGCCAGGAAAGAGGCGAGGCGAAAACGAAGGCAGGACAAGGAAAAGCGCACGAAAGCCGAGGGCGGUUGA